GUUUUGACGCAGUACAAUAAAUUGUCUAGCAACAGAAGAACGAUAAACAUAUUAACCCACACUGGAAUAUCUAAAUAUAUACUUAUAUGCCUUGGAUUGCUUUUACGGUUACAAAAUAGAUUACAUUGCGACUUGGUAAAAUGAAUAAGGCUUUAUAUGCUGAUUUCCAGGAGUUUAGUGAAGAUGGAAAAUUGUAUGCAGCAGAUUCGCUCAACAAUUUAAAUAAGCUUAAACUGUGUCCCAAUGAAAGUCAAGACUUAUUAGAUACUUCCGAUAUACUUGGCCAGGAUUGUGACGGAGGGAAGCAACCUCUUCUUACUGUGCUCAUCAUAACAGUAGCAGCCAUGAUCAUACUAUCAACAUGUAUAAUGAGUAUUCUAGUGCAGAUAAGGUCAGCAAUCACUGAAGUGGAGGAAAAACUGGACAUUGGUGAACAAGAAAUCAGCAAGACAUUAGUUUUGUUGUUAAACCUAACAAAAGUAUAACUUGUCAAGUCCUGGCCACUGCAAAGUAUUCAUUCAAAAAAGGCCAAGGUCUGACUGCACAAGAAAAAUAAAUCUCUGAAAUUAUUGAUUCCACAA